GCUGCCGGAAGCGGCUGUCGGGAUCGGAGCCGGCGCGCGGCAGACAUGGCGGGCACGCGGGGCGCGGGGCGCGCCACGAAGCGGCGCCAGGGGCCGGAGCUGGAGCAGGAGCCGGAGCCGGAUCCGCUGCUGGAGGAGCCCUCUUUCUGCACCUCUGCUCCCAGUCAUGGAGACAGCAGGGAUUCUAGCCUCUCUGACAGCGAAGAGAGUGUGUUCUCAGGCCUGGACGAUUCUGGCAGUGACAGUAGUGAGGAUGAUGGCCAUGACAAUGUCAAAGGGACAGAGAAGACCACUGGAGAGCAGGCACAGUCCAGUCCCCCUUGCCUGAGCCCAGAGGCAGUACACAUGGGGAACGCAGAUGAGUAUGCUGAGGACAGCUCUGAUGAGGAGGAUAUCCGGAACACGGUGGGCAAUGUGCCCCUGGAGUGGUACGAGGACUACCCCCACGUGGGCUAUGACCUGGACGGCAGGCGCAUCUAUAAGCCCCUGCGGACUCGGGACGAGCUGGACCAGUUCCUGGACAAGAUGGAUGACCCCAACUACUGGCGUACUGUGCAGGACCGGCUGACAGGGUAUGACCUGAGGCUGACUGACCAGCAGGUGGCUCUGGUGCGGCGGCUACAGAGGGGCCAGUUUGGGGACAAGAGCUUCAAUCCAUAUGAGCCAGCCAUGGACUUCUUCACUGGGGACAUCAUGAUCCACCCAGUGACCAACCGCCCGGCCGACAAGCGUAGCUUCAUCCCCUCCCUGGUGGAGAAAGAGAAGGUAUCCCGCAUGGUACAUGCCAUCAAGAUGGGCUGGAUCCAGCCCCGCCGGCCUCGGGACUCCACACCCAGCUUCUACGACCUGUGGGCCCAGGAGGACCCCAAUGCUGUGCUUGGGCGCCACAAGAUGCACGUGCCAGCCCCCAAGCUGGCCCUGCCUGGCCACGCUGAGUCCUAUAAUCCACCUCCCGAAUUCCUGCUCAGCGAAGAAGAGCGCUUGGCAUGGGAGCAGAAGGAGCCAGGCGAGAGGAAGCCCAGCUUCCUGCCACGGCAGUUCUCUAGCCUGCGGGCUGUGCCUGCAUACAGCCACUUCAUCCAGGAGCGCUUUGAGCGCUGCCUUGACCUAUACCUGUGCCCACGACAGCGCAAAAUGAGGGUGAACGUGGACCCCAAAGACCUCAUCCCUAGACUGCCACGGCCAAGGGACCUGCAGCCCUUCCCCACAUGCCAGGCCCUGGUCUACAAGGGCCACAGCGACCUUGUCCGUUGCCUCAGCGUCUCCCCAGGGGGACAGUGGCUAGCUUCAGGCUCAGAUGAUGGCUCCCUGCGGCUCUGGGAGGUGGCCACUGCCCGCUGUGUGAAGAUCGUGCCCCUGGGCAGUGUGGUGAGGAGUGUUGCCUGGAACCCCAACCCCACCAUCUGCCUGGUGGCUGUGGCUGUGGAGGAUGCAGUGGUGCUGCUGAACCCCACUUUGGGGGAUCGGCUGGUGGUGAGCAGCACAGACCAGCUGCUGAGUGUCUAUGAGCCUCCCAAGGAGCCUGCCCUGCAGCCGGCCCGCUGGCUGGAGGCCUCAGAGGAGGAGCACCAGGGGGGCCUGCGACUGCACAUCUGCCAUGGCAAGCCAGUAACACAGGUGACUUGGCAUGCGCGUGGGGACUACUUGGCAGUGGUGCUGGCCACUUCUGGCCACACCCAGGUGCUGAUCCACCAGCUGAGCCGGCGCCGCAGUCAGACACCCUUCCGCCGCAGCCAUGGGCAGGUGCAGCGUGUGGCCUUUCACCCCUCCCGGCCCUUCCUGCUUGUAGCCUCCCAGCGCAGUGUCCGCCUUUACCACCUGCUGCGCCAGGAGCUCACCAAGAAGCUGAUGCCCAACUGCAAGUGGGUGUCCAGCCUGGCUGUGCACCCUGCAGGUGACAAUAUCAUCUGUGGGAGCUACGACAGUAAGCUGGUAUGGUUCGAUCUGGAUCUCUCUACCAAGCCGUAUAAGGUGCUGAGAUACCACAGGAAGGCACUACGGGCUGUGGCUUUUCACCCCCGGUACCCACUCUUCGCAUCUGGCUCAGACGAUGGCAGUGUCAUUGUCUGCCACGGCAUGGUGUACAACGAUCUUCUGCAGAAUCCACUGCUGGUGCCUGUCAAGGUGCUGAAGGGGCACGUGCUGACCCGGGACCUGGGCGUGCUGGACGUCGCCUUCCACCCCUCCCAGCCAUGGGUCUUCUCCUCAGGGGCCGACGGGACCAUCCGUCUCUUCAGCUAAUGGCCUGCCCUGCCUCUCCAUGGCCAGGCGGUUGGGGGUUCUGGGGAGCAUGGUACUUAUGCUCAGGGUCCUUAAUAGAGGCUUUGCUCACAUG